GUUUAUAGCCGAAACAAACAAAAGUUGUAAUUUUUACAAAUAGCCGCAUAAUUUUAAAAGAAACAAGUGCAAUAUAUGCAGCAAGCUUGCUCCUAUUCGGAUUUUUACACCGCAAUUGCUUGCAAACCAAAGCGCCUUCUUUUCGAGCCGCCUUCGUAAUUGGUGUUCUGUCUGUCUGUUUGUGUGUGUGUGUGUGUAUCUGUGUGUUAUUUAUUUACCGCCAGUAUUUGUUCAAUCGGAAUGGAAUCUGGCUCAAGUUCAAGCUCCAGCUCAGGCAGCAGCUCCAGCAGUGGCUCCACGAGCUGCACGGAUACGGGCAGCUCCUCGGAAACAGAGUCGAGCAGUUCCGGUGCUGAGGAAAAUACAGUGCCGGCCAAACCAGCGGCCGCGAGACGAAAGUCGGCCGCAGAAAAUGAAAAACCAAAGCCCGGAGGCAGCUCGCUGGCCUCUACUUCCAGCAAAGUGCGGGCUGUAGUUACGGCUGGAAAUCAAAGGAAUGGGGAAUUGUCGAGCGACGAUGAUGAAGAUGAUGAGAAAGGAAAGGCGCCGCCUACAGGAGCAAAGAAAGUGGGGCGACCUCCAAAUAGUACGGCGCGGAGAAAAUCAACUACUGGAGGACCAGGACCUGCGCCAAAGAACACAACCAGCACUGGCAGCAAAGGAGCACCCCAAAAAGCCAGUGCACAAUCCACAAAUGUACGUGCUGGAGGCGGGGGAGGAGGAGCACCCGCGGCUCGUGCCACCGAAAACGGCAACAAGGUGCGGCCCUCUCUGUCCUCCUCUGAUGACUCGAAUAAGGAGGCGGGCAAGAAUGCCCGUAAAGUACCCAUCAAAAUGGCCAGCACAGCGUCUGCUGUGCGAGCGAAACAAAUGCGCGCCAAAAUGCAGGCGAAGAGUAAUAACAGCAAUCCCAUGAACAAGAAUGGCCCGACGAAAGGCAGUAAAAGUUCCGAGGGCAGCGACUCGGAUAGUGGCUCCGACUCAGACUCCAGCUCCAUGAGUGAUUCAAAUGCCAGCGACUCCACCAACUCAUAUAGCUCCCAGCUGGCGAAAAAUACCAAAGGUAAGCGUGGCGUGGGCGCCAAACUAACACGCUCCGAGAGCGAGGAGGAGCGCAAGGACAAGGCCAAUCCCAUGCGCAAGCUGACGCGCUCGCUAAGCAUGCGCCGCUCCAAGCUGCAAGUGAAGCAGGUCAGCGAUAGCGAAACGGAUGGUGAGCUGGAUGAGCAGAAGCGCUCUCCAUCCAAGAGCCCCGCGAAAAGCCCCGCAAAGAAACCCGCUGCAGUGCUUAACAACAGCAAAUCUAAAGUGAAGAAGGAGGGUGGCGGCCUGGGCUCGGUUCCAAUCAAGACGCGUCCUCAAUCGCCAGCCGUGCAGCUCGAGAAGAAAUGUCCCAUUGAGGGAUGCGACUCGUCGGGUCAUCUCAGUGGCAAUUCGGAUCGCCACUUUCUUCCGGAAGCCUGCCCCAUCUAUCACAACAUGUCCGCCUCGGAGUGCAAGGAGCGCGCCAAUGAGCGCAAACUACGCAACGAGCAGAGACUCAAGAUGCCCAUUAAUAUUGUGACGACGUCAAGCAAUCAGCAGGCCAAUGUGAAAUUGUUGACGCCGGAGCAGAGGGAAUUUUUGGCAAAAAUUCGUGAAUCUCGCGCCAACUUUCGACCUGUGAAUGCCACUAUAAGUCAUGAAAAGAAAAAGUUUCUGAAAAAGGUUAGGAUGGAAAAAGACUGCACCGAUGAGGAUCGAGAGCCAAAUUUAGCGGGCCUGGUACCGGACUACGAUCUGCAGCUUUUUCGCGAGGCCCAAGCGUUGGCAUCGGAGAAAAUCGAAGAUGAACUCAAAGAUCUGCCCGUGGGCAAAGGCAUCAAAUACAUUACCAUGGGCAAGUACAAGAUGAAGGUGUGGUAUCAGUCGCCUUAUCCGGAUGAUGCCGCACGCCUGCCCAAAAUGUACAUCUGCGAGUUCUGUUUGCGUUACCAAAAAUCCGAGACGGGCAUAAAGCGACACGCACAGAAAUGCGUCUGGCGGCAUCCGCCGGGCGAUGAGAUUUAUCGGAAGGGCAAACUGCAAGUCUGGCAGGUGGAUGGGAAACGUUACAAGCAAUAUUGCCAGCACCUGUGUCUGCUGGCCAAAUUCUUUCUCGAUCACAAAACUCUGUACUACGAUGUGGAGCCGUUCCUAUUCUAUAUUAUGACAUUGGCCGAUGUUGAUGGCUGUCACAUUGUGGGAUACUUUAGCAAGACCCAUUCCUCUUUUUUGCAGGAGAAGAACUCGUUUUACAAUGUGUCGUGCAUUCUAACGCUUCCGCCAUAUCAACGCAAGGGCUAUGGACGCCUCCUCAUCGAUUUCAGCUACUUGCUGACGCGCGUCGAAGGCAAAAUUGGCUCGCCAGAGAAGCCGCUGUCCGAUCUGGGCCUCAUUUCGUAUCGCUCGUACUGGAAGGAUGUGCUGCUCGACUAUUUGUGCAAUCGAUCGGGCAACUCGCUGUGCAUUAAGGAUGUAUCUCAGGAAAUGGCUAUAUAUUCCUAUGACAUUGUGAGUACAUUGCAAGCCCUGGGCAUGAUGAAAUACUGGAAGGGCAAGCACAUCGUCCUGAAGAAACAGGAUGUGCUGGAUGAGUAUGAGGAGCGUGUGAAGAAGCGCGGCACUUUUCCCAAAAUCGAUGAUUCCUGCCUGCGUUGGCAACCAUUUGUGCCCACACAGCCGAGCGCAUCUCCAUAACCCUGCUGGAAGUACGCCAAGGCGUGCUUUAUUGACUCCUGAUGGCGCCUGAGAUAGCGCCGCCGGUAUUAGAUUAGAGAUUUUUACACCGUAAUUGUCCUUGUAAUUAUACUUUUUAUAUUUUGUCCCCGUUUUGUGUACUAUUUGUCCUUUUAUGUUUGUAUGUAUAUGUAUAGUGCAAGCUCAUGUAUUUGUUAGUAGCUAAUUUAUAGA